UGUCCGGACUCGUUUCAAUGAAGCGUGCAUGAGACGGUCUUGCUUGUGGAAGAAUAGAGAGCAUGCACGUGAAAAAACAAAUAUAAAUUAAUAAAACACAAUCAAGACAAAUACACGAAACGCGAAUCUGGAACAAGGGAGUUCGCAUUGAAAUGAUUACAUAAAAGAAACGAAUUAAUCGCGCUCCAGGAAAGCAGAGUUCAUUCUGAGUUUUUUUCUUUUUUUUUUUUUUUUGAAUGAAACACGUGAAAUAAAAACGAGAUUCGCUUGUAAGCGUAAAGCCGGGAGAUGGAGAGAGUGGGGGGCUCGGCUGAGGAAAGUGGGGACAUGGCAGAGACCGAGGGGUCCCGGGCAGGAGGAUCGGGGACCGCGGGAGACAUUCCCGGGAACUGGAUCCUGCAGCACCACAAGUACCGGGAGCUGAUGGCUCUGGAUGUGGGCGACACGGCCCAGGUGUACGCUGCCUUCCUCCCCUAACCCCUCUGCACCCCUCUGUGUGUUUCAGUACCGGGAGCUGAUGACUCUGGAUGUGGGCGACACGGCCCAGGUGUGCGCUGCCUUCCUCCCCUAACCCCUCUGCACCCCUCUGUGUGUUUCAGUACCGGGAGCUGAUGGCUCUGGAUGUGGGCGACACGGCCCAGGUGUACGCUGCCUUCCUCCCCUAACCCCUCUGCACCCCUCUGUGUGUUUCAGUACCGGGAGCUGAUGGCUCUGGAUGUGGGCGACACGGCCCAGGUGUACGCUGCCUUCCUCCCCUAACCCCUCUGCACCCCUCUGUGUGUUUCAGUACCGGGAGCUGAUGGCUCUGGAUGUGGGCGACACGGCCCAGGUGUACGCUGCCUUCCUCCCCUAACCCCUCUGCACCCCUCUGUGUGUUUCAGUACCGGGAGCUGAUGGCUCUGGAUGUGGGCGACACGGCCCAGGUGUACGCUGCCUUCCUCCCCUAACCCCUCUGCACCCCUCUGUGUGUUUCAGUACCGGGAGCUGAUGGCUCUGGAUGUGGGCGACACGGCCCAGGUGUACGCUGCCUUCCUCCCCUAACCCCUCUGCACCCCUCUGUGUGUUUCAGUACCGGGAGCUGAUGGCUCUGGAUGUGGGCGACACGGCCCAGGUGUACGCUGCCUUCCUCCCCUAACCCCUCUGCACCCCUCUGUGUGUUUCAGUACCGGGAGCUGAUGGCUCUGGAUGUGGGCGACACGGCCCAGGUGUACGCUGCCUUCCUCGUCUACCUGGACCUGCUUGAAGAGCGGCGCUGGCAGGAGGUCACCAGCAGGGGGAGUGCUGAGCUGCAGCUGGUUUACCUGGAGGGACGAGAGUCUGAGAGCCAGCCCCGGCAACUCAUCAUACCGCUGCCGGGUCAGAGGUCACUUAGCCACCAGGGUGUACGAUCGCUCCUCUCUCAGCCUGGCCUCGAUGGGGUGCCCUCUCCUUCCUUGCUCCUGGCUGCUGUGGCCCCCGACUCCACCCUGGCGUAUUACCGCUUCAGCCGCGGCUUUGUGGUGCCAGAGCCGCCAGACAGCAUCCAGGACCUGGAGAGUGGGCGUGAGCGCAGGAAGAGGAGGCGUCUUUGAGGAGCUCCACACAGACCAGGCUUCCCAGCUCAAUCACUGAGACCUGUCCAUACCCGACACAGACCAAUCAGCUACUAGGACCCAGACAAGCACCCUCAGGAAGAGGAGGCAUCUCUGAGGAGCCCCACACAGACCAGGCUCCCCAGCUCUGCACUCCUUACAUUAGAGAUCUGGCCAGACAGGGUUCUGUAGAAACCAAAGGGUUCUAAGUGGAGUCCUUCUUGUUCUUAAGGCAGACGCUUGACAAUUAGGCGUUCCUGUCAAUAAAGCGUUGCAUUGCAUUGUGCAGCUUGCAGUGGUGCCGUUCAGAGACUGCAUGCACGCCAUGCUGCAGCGAUGUCAAGCAGGGGGCGCUGUGUGUUUGUCAGGCUGACAGUAUUAAUCAGCUGUGAUCCAGUCACAUCCAGUUACACAGCCCAGAGUCUGCAGGGUGACUCUGAACCCAAUUCCACUUGCUGCUCUUCUUUCUGGAUGAGAGGCAGUGAGUCUUAAUAAAACACAUGCAGAGAAGCCCUCACUUUGUUUCACUUCAGUCCCACUUUCAUUAUGUUUGUUUCCCAUGUGCUUGAGUUUGCAGG